UAUAUAUAUAUAUAUAUAUGAGAGAUUUGCUAAACAUGUACACCAUCAUCAACAAUAGCAACUAGAAAACAAAGUUUACUCUCAAUAAUCAAUAUUAUCUCCAUCGAAGUUGAAAGGGAAUCAGAGUUUGAUCAAAGGAAACAUGUCAGGAAAUGUUGGUGUGAACUAUGGAAGGCAAGGAAACAACCUACCGUCUCCAGCUGCAGUCAUUAACCUGAUAAGAUCGAGAAACAUAAGUCGCAUUCGUCUUUUUAGUCCAGAUUCAGAUGUUCUAAAUGCUUUACGAGGGACAGGAAUCGGAGUCGUACUGAAUGUCCCCAACCCAGAUAUCCAGAGGAUAGGAACUGAUCCAGAUUUUGCUGGAGACUGGAUUUGGAAGAAUGUGCUUUCAUACAGUGACGUUCAGUAUCGAUACAUUUCAGUUGGAAAUGAAAUCGAUAUUCCUCACUCUCCAGUGUCAAAUCUCAUUCUUCCCGGUAUCAAAAAUCUUCAUAAUGCACUUAGAGCUGCUGGGAACAAUACUCCAGUAAGUACAACUAUUGCUACUAGUCCGGUUGUAGAUGCAUUUCCUCCCUCAAACGGUCGAUUUUCCGAUGGCUCCCGGGACAUAAUGAGAUCAAUUGUGGAGUUUUUGGUAGCUAACAGGAGUCCUCUCCUUGUUAAUGUCUAUCCUUACUUCGCCUACAGCUUAAACCAGCAACAGAUCCAAUUGGAUUAUGCAAAUUUUACGGCAAAUCGUGUUGUCGUAACAGACAGCAAUAACGGAUUGCAAUACAGAAACCUAUUUGAUGCUUUAACAGAUGCUACAUAUUCGGCCAUCGAGAAGGUCGGUGGAUGGGGUGUCGAUAUUGUCAUCACCGAAAGUGGAUGGCCAUCUGCUGAAAAUGGAAAUAUCGCAACGAUUCAAAAUGCUAGCACCUACAUAAACAAUUUGAUUUGGCACGUAUCGGGAACUUCUGGAACCCCUAAGAGGCCAGGGAAGAGCAUAGAGACUUAUAUUUUUGCUCUUUUUAACGAGAACAUCAAGCCAGGCGCCAGGGAUGAGCAGCAUUUUGGGUUGUACUACCCUGAUAUGGGAGAAGUCUACCCUGUCACCUUCCGUUAAACAACCAACGGAACAUUAGCGACAUGACAGAGAUAUUCUCAAGUAUAUUCCAUGUACCCUAAUUCAAUAAGGUUGUAUCUACUCAAGUGAGUGUUUAAUAAAAGGUUAUGGACCAUAUAUAGUAAGUUGCCUCUAAAUGACAUGAUUCAAUAAAAGAUUAUACCUACUUCCUAACAUGUCGUUUGGUUUCAACUGUAUAUGUAAUGUAAUUUGUAGUUUUGUUUAUUUUGGGGUUUUAGUUUUCUUGUUUUAUAAGGUGUUCUUGAUUAUCAUGUAAGCAUUCAUGUAAUCACUGCUUCUGUUCGAAAUAAAAUGUUACUUGAUUAUCUA